CCCCCCGUCACCAAGAAGCGGACGCCGCGCGCCCUGAAGACUCCACAGGACAUGCUCAUCGCGCCGCAGCCGGCGGGGACCAGCCCAAGGAGCAGCAUAGAGGAGCCCCCCGAACCACCUACAGCCCACCCUGACCCUGCAGAGGAGCGGUCGGGGAUGAGAGACCCGUCCCCUCCAGAAUGUCCUGGGGUCCCCAACAUGAUGGGCACCCCGGAGCCCAGUGGGGACCAGCCCACUGGUGCCCUUCCUGUGCCUGACCUCAUCCAUAAGGGCAGCCUGGAGAGCCAGUGGCGAGCAGGCGAGAGGGCCACUGAGACCUCACCCUGCAUGGAGAAGCCCUCCCGGAGACCGGGGCUGGAGCACGAAUCACUGGGGAGCACAGGGCGGCCAGAGCCACGUACCCCUGGCUGGGAGGUGGAGGGGCCUCAUCCCGAUUUACUGUCCUUUGAGUAG